GUCGACCAACUCGUCCUUUUCCGGUGCGGCGUGUCACGGGCGUAUAGGUAAUAUUUUUCGUCUUUCAUUCUCAUCAUAAUACGUUAGUUUCAUCGACUGCGAGACAGUGUGCUGGCUUUCCAUUGGAAUGGGCGUAGUGCGUCGUUCAGUUGACGUCGUUUUUUCGACGUCGCGACACGGCAGUUAGUUGAAAUCUGGGAGAAAUAGCAUCGAUCGCAACGUCCUGCCCGAUAUCUAAUGGAAAACCCGCUUGCUGUGCUCCAUUUCUACAGUCUUCGCUCGUGUACUUUGCAUGGCGACAUCGUCUUUAGCCUUCUAGAAUCCAUUCAUCCAGAUGUCGAUCCAUUCCGUUUCGCCGACAAUUGUGUGAUUUUACCUGCUUAAUGAGGAAUGUGUGCUAGAAUUAAGCGCGAGUUCCUGAGCCCUCGAAAAAUUUGUUAAAUCGUACGGUAUGUAUUUAACAUUGUAACACGGGUCUCUUUUCAUUCUCGUCGGGUUUUCGGCUCUGAUCAUUCUCGUCGGAUUUUACUCUGUUCUGAUCAUUCUUGUCGAAUUUUGCUCGUUUCUUAUUUUCGUCGGAUUUUAUUCGUGUCUUCCACUAUUGCGAAAAUUGCAAAAAAUUAAAGACGAACAAUAUGUUCUACUGCGACUCGAUUAUUUAGAUGGCGAGAUUAUUUUACCGUAAAUGCGAUUAAUUCUUCGCAACGAUUGUUACGUAACCGUCUUCUUUAUUUAAUAUUACAGUAAUAUAUCUGUUCUUUAAAAUCAUUUGAUGUGUUUGUUGUAUUAUAGAAUCAACGUUGAAUUUUCCUCGUUUCUAUGCUAAAAUUACAAAAAAAAAUCAAAGCGUAGAAUUAUCGCAUAAUACGUAUAAAUAAUUUAAUAAUAAUGAGAAAAUAUUCUUCGAAGUGCCUAUGACGUAAUUGACUUCUAUUUAAAGCGACUUUUUGUAUUGUUAAAAUUUUUUUUGGAACAGUUUUUACCUGAAAUACAUGAAAAUUUAAAGAAAAAUUUUCUGCAGUAUCGAAGAAUAUUUUCAGACUGGCACCUGCGCCAUUUUCUACCCGUUAUUGCGCAUAUAAAGUACGCGAGGUAAUCGAAAAAGCGACGCUACGCCAAGCAUUCUGGGUAAAAUCGCGUGGUUGCUCAAAAUGGCUGUCCGACGAACGAUUUCCGUUUUACUGUCCGUGUUCAAUAUCGAUUCGUCCAACCGAGUAAAGUAGUAGUGCGCGAAUCGGUAAAUUAAUGCAGAAAAAAUUACAUGACAAUUUUUUUUUGGCAAUUUUGCUCUUUCAUCGCGGCAUUAUAUUGCAAUAGAGUUGCUAAUGUGAGUCAUAUUUUAUUAACAGUUUUUCCGGUAUACAUGGUACGCGCGCGCGCAUAUUGCUUUGGAUUAUGUAGCGCAUGCGCCAUCUUGUCUCCCUCUUCGACUUUUAUCCAAUCCUCGCUGCUGCAUCGCAACAUCUUUAUGCUGCGGCAAGAGGAGAUUGGUCGGGAUCGAAGAGAACGAGAUGGCGCAUGUGUCGCAUGACGAGACUUUGAACGGAAGGUGUGCGAGAAGUAGAGGGAGGGGGACGAAGAACCAGUCGAGAUCAUAAAAUGGCGGUCUAGCUCUCAGGUCUGUGACCAUACAGUACGCGAUACUUGGAUAAUUUCUCACGAUGUUGGAUCCCCAACAUCAAUAGUGGUUCAAUAUCACAAAUACGUGUACGCGCGACGCUGCUACGAUUAAAUUAGCGUGAUUUUGCGCGGAGUGCUCGGGAUACGCUGGGUCGUCGUUGCGACGCGUAGACGGAACCAUGCAGAAAACAGAAUCAGAAUCCGGUAAGGAAUCCGGAUCCGAUUCUGAAAAUGAGAGUAAAAGCGAUAGCUCUUCUUCCGGAAGCAACAGCGGCUCGGGAUCGGGAUCAGAAAGUGACUCCAGCUCCUCGAGCGGUUCCGGUUCCGGAUCAGGCUCUGAUUCUGAAAAGUCAGAGAAGUCAGACGCACCUGCUGCACAGAAUGAUAGUUUCCAGAGCAAAAGCUCGAAUCACAGCACAGAAACAAAGCUUAGAGUUAAGCAUGAGCCUACUCGCGAGUGGGACGAGAAUCCUGACAUAUACGGCAUCAGGAGAUCCGGGCGUUCUAGGAAGGAGCCUGAGAGACUCGCCACGAAUCGCGAGAGCGACAGCGAUAGUCGCAAGAAAUUUAAGAAGAAAGGUUCACACAAUUCGUGGAAUUCAGAGAGUUCAGAUUCAGAAUCUGAAGAAACUGAAAAUCGAAAGUCUCCACCUACUAAAUCUCAGAACAGACGUGCGGCGCAGAAGACGAAAGAGAAAGCUAGAGCGAUACGGAAGAAACGUAUCUCUGAAUCUUCUGAAAAUUCUUCCUUUGAUAGCGAUGACAAUAGGAGGCAAGUCACCAGACGAACAGGCACAACAGUUAGCUAUAAAGAGGAAAGUGAAGAAGGUACCGAUAGCGAUGAUUUGGUUGAGGUUGAAGAAUCGAAUGCUCCGUCCGCAGAACCCGAUAAUGCGGAAAGUAUUGAACAAGUUUUGGGGCAAAGAGUGGGCAAGAAAGGAGUUACCGGCAACAUAACGACAAUCUAUGCUGUCGAGGAAAAUGGCGAUCCUAAUCCAGCGGAUUUAAGUAAUUUAGAAACUGAAUUACAGUAUUGGAUAAAGUGGAAAGGCUGGUCUCACAUACAUAACACGUGGGAGUCGGAAGAGUCUUUGAAAACGCAGAAGGUGAAAGGAAUGAAAAAGUUAGAAAAUUUUAUUAAACGUGAGCGCAAAAGGGAGCAGGCGAGAGAAUACGCUGAGCCGGAGGAUAUAGAUUUCCUAGAGAGUCAACUGGAACUUACGCAAGAGCUUUUGAAAAGUUACAACAAUGUCGAGAGGAUUAUUGCUGAUUUUAAGAAACCAGAUUCAGAGCAUCCCGAUUACUUCAGUAAAUGGGAGAAUCUGUCAUACGCUGAGGCCACAUGGGAAGAUGGAGCUUUAAUAGAGAAAAAAUGGCCGGAGAAGAUAAAGGAAUUUCGUGAUAGGGAGGAUUCCAAGAGGACACCGAGCAAACAUUGCAAAGUCCUUAAAUCUAGACCCAAGUUCCAUCAAUUAAAAGCGCAACCAACUUACAUGGGCUUGGAAAAAGAAUUAAUAUUGAGAGAUUAUCAAAUGGACGGGCUCAAUUGGAUGAUCCAUUCCUGGUGCAAGGAAAAUAGUGUUAUAUUAGCCGACGAGAUGGGUCUCGGCAAAACGAUCCAAACGAUAUGCUUCCUUUACUAUCUAUUUCACGCGCAACAACUUCACGGGCCAUUUUUAUUAGUAGUUCCUCUGUCGACAAUGACUUCCUGGCAAAGAGAGCUAUCUCUGUGGGGUCCUGAAAUGAACGUCGUCACGUACUUAGGCGACGUCAGCUCCCGUAAUAUUAUUAGAGAAUAUGAAUGGUGCUACCGAGAUUCGAAAAGACUAAAGUUUAACGCUAUACUUACAACGUAUGAGAUAGUACUUAAAGACAAAGCAUUUCUGGGUGCCUUAAAUUGGGCAGUGCUGCUAGUGGACGAAGCUCACCGACUGAAAAAUGAUGAUUCCCUUCUGUACAAAGCGCUUACCGAGUUUCACACCAAUCAUCGUUUGUUAAUUACUGGUACCCCAUUGCAAAACAGCUUGAAGGAGCUGUGGGCCUUAUUGCACUUCAUUAUGCCUACGAAAUUUGCCUCGUGGGAAGAAUUCGAGAAGGAACAUGACAAUGCUGCGCAGAAAGGAUACUCCAAGCUGCACAAGCAAUUGGAACCGUUUAUCCUGCGCAGAGUCAAAAAGGACGUCGAGAAAUCCCUGCCCGCCAAAGUCGAGCAAAUCCUGCGAGUAGAGAUGACGUCCUUGCAGAAGCAGUACUACAAGUGGAUAUUAACCAAAAAUUUCGAAGCGUUGCGAAAAGGCGUGAAGGGAUCCACCAUAUCGUUUCUGAACAUCGUGAUCGAGUUGAAGAAAUGCUGCAACCACGCUUUCCUCACGAAACCCAUCGAGGCCGAGGAAAGGAGCAACGAGGAUUAUCUACAGCAAAUAAUUCGCGGUUCCGGCAAAUUGGUGCUCCUGGAUAAAUUACUGGUCAGACUACGUGACACCGGGCAUCGAGUAUUGAUAUUCAGCCAAAUGGUCCGGAUGUUGGACAUACUCGGCGAAUACCUGCAAAAGAGGCACUUCCCGUUCCAAAGAUUAGACGGAAGCAUAAAGGGAGAGCUGAGGAAACAGGCGUUGGACCAUUUCAACGCCGAAGGAUCGCAGGACUUUUGCUUCCUGCUGUCGACGCGAGCCGGCGGGCUCGGCAUUAAUCUUGCCACCGCGGACACUGUGAUAAUUUUCGAUUCGGACUGGAAUCCGCAAAAUGAUUUGCAAGCUCAAGCCAGGGCGCACCGAAUAGGACAGAAGAAUAAGGUCAAUAUCUACCGACUGGUUACGAAAAAAUCGGUCGAGGAAGAGAUCGUGGAACGCGCAAAGCAGAAAAUGGUCCUGGACCACUUGGUGAUACAGCGAAUGGACACAACUGGGCGGACAGUAUUAGAUAAGAAAAACGCGGGGACCAAUAGUAAUCCGUUUAACAAGGAGGAUUUGACUGCUAUUUUGAAAUUCGGCGCGGAAGAUCUAUUUAAAGACGAAGAAGGCGGAGACGAGGAACCGCCUUGUGAUAUUGACGAGAUACUUCGAAGAGCUGAAACAAGAGACGAAGCACCAACGACGGUGGGAGAUGAACUGUUGUCCGCAUUUAAAGUCGCCAGUUUUAAAACUGCCUUUGACGAAGACCUGGAGUCCACUAAUCAACCAAAUGACAACGACGAUGAAAGCAAAGACUGGGCGGAAAUCAUUCCGGAGAACUUCCGAAAGAAAGUGGAAGAAGAAGAGAAGUCGAAGGAAAUGGAGGAUCUCUAUCUACCGCCGCGUAGCCGGAAAACUCUUCAGCAAAUUAAUCAGAGCGACGGAAAAAGCAAAAAGCGUAGAAGAACGCAGGAUGACAGCGACGAGGGUGAAGAUUCGGGAAGCGAGGCGGAAGGCAGUGACGACGAAAGGCCCAAGAAGAGAGGUAGACCAAGAGUCACGCCACGCGAGAACAUCAAGAGUUUCACAGACAUGGAGAUCCGAAGGUUUAUCAAGAGUUACAAGAAGUUCCCGGCGCCUUGGAAACGAUUGGACGAUAUCGCGACCGAUGCGGACUUGCAAGAGAAGCCAAUGUCAGAAUUGCGUUUCCUGGUCGAACAGCUGAAGUCUCGAUGUGACGCAAGCUUGGUGGAGUUCGAGAAUAUCGCGAAGGAGAAUAAUAAAACCACCGAGAAGGAAGGCAAGGGUCCCGGUCGCAAGAGAGGACGGGGACCCACUUUUAAGAUAGGCGGAGUCAUGGUAAACGCGAAGUCCUUUUCAGCCGCAGUUAAGGAACUCGAGCCUUUGGAUCAAGCUUUGCCAUCCGAUCCUGAGCAACGCGCCAAUUGGCAUCUUGACAUUAAGUUGAAACCGGCGAAUUUCGAGUGCGAAUGGACUUCCGUGGAUGAUUCCAGAUUGUUAAAAGGCAUAUAUCAGCAUGGCAUGGGUUCGUGGGAAGCGAUAAAAAUGGAUGCUAGUUUGGAACUAGGAGAUAAGAUUUUUCCCAACGGUAGUAAAGUGCAACUUAAACGUGUGAACGCACGCGCGGAAUAUCUUCUGAAGAUUUUGAAGAAACAGAUCGAUCUUAAGUUGGGAGUGACACGAUUGAGAAAGCCGAGAAAGCCCAAGGAAGCGAUUACUAAAGAGAUUGUAGAAGAUAAUGACAGUUCCGGUGAUGAAAAUAAGAAAUCAAAAUCGAAGGCUGAUAAAUCUGCGAUGAAGAAAGAGGAAGAGACUGCUGCAAAGGAGAUCAAGGAAGAAGCCGAUGACCUGUCCGAUGAAAAGAAGAAGGAUAAGAAAGUUAAAAAAGAAAAGAAAGAGAAUAAGAAGGCGAAGAAAAACAAGCAAGCCGCGGGUCCCAUGCACUUCACUGCAAAUAAUGAACCAAGGGCUUUGGACGUACUAGGCGAAUUGGAGCCUAAAAUAUUCGACGAGUGUAAGGAGAAGAUGCGGCCAGUAAAGAAGGCAUUGAAAGCCUUGGACAAACCGGAUAUGUCUUUGAGCGAGGAAGAGCGAGUCGCUCGUGCGCGUCGAUGCCUCUUUCAAAUUGGAAAUCACGUUCAAACAUGCCUUGAAGAAUAUAAAGAGCGCGAUCAAAUCGAAGAAUGGAAAAGUCAUCUUUGGGAUUUUGCCUCGAAAUUCACAAAUUUCAAGGCAAAAAAGCUUUAUAGAAUGUACAAGAAUUUAAUGAAACAGAGUGGCGACAGCAAUGGCGGUUCCACAUCCAGCCCUGACAAAAAGGAAGAUGCUUCCAACGCUGUGAAGAAACACAGUGAAAAAUCAUCCUACGAUAAACAUAUCGACAAGCAACAGACAUCGGAUAGCGUUAAUAAGGACAGGAAGCGUAAAGUCGAUGAUAUCGAGGAGAACUCGAAUAGCAGUAUACAAAGUAAGAAACAUCUCUCGAGUAUUUCUGCUGUCAGCAGCAAUCUCAGCAGCACGUCCGCGGUUACUAUCGGUGCUAUUACGAUUACUCCUAUAACGUCAAAUUCCACCUCGAGUGCCACUAACAGCAUAGACGUGUCGCGACAUAAAGAGCAAAAAGAGUCGAAGCACAAAGAUAUGAAAAGGGAUAGAGAGCGCGAUAGAGAUAGGGAUAGAGACAGGGACAGAGGACACGACAGGGGUAUGGAUAGAAUAAGCGGAGGAAAGGACGAUAGGAUUAGGAGAGACGGCGGAGGAUACAACAUGGGGCAUUAUAGCGGCAGCAGGGAGGACGAUCACUGGUUGUCAAGAGAUGGAAGGGACAUGAGAGACAGAUUCAGCGAUCACAAACGCGACCGCUUCGAUCCUUACAGCCGAAUGUCCGGCAGUUAUCACAGAGAUAGAGACAGAGACAGAGAUCGAGAUCGUGGUAUGCAUAUGAAUGAUAAGAGAAGUGACUAUUAUCGGUACUCGACGGUGGGACCAUCCAAUUACGGAUACGGACCAGGCUACGGUAGUAGCAGCGGCGGCGGUGGUUAUCCUUCCGUGGAUAUCGCUCCAGGUCACUUCAGAGGUCGAGGUUAUCCAGGAGACGGUUACUCCAACGAUUGGCGGCCGAGCAAGGAUUACAGGCGGGACUACGAUAGAAGACCACCGCCACCAAACGCUAACUCCUAGUGGAUCGUUUUUCCUCGGAUGUGACACGGUCACACAGAUAGAUAACAGGAGAAACGUCUUGUACAUAGUUUUUAUCGCGAGUGAGAGCGUUUGUGAUAGCGCUAGCUGUGCGUCUCUAAGAUAAAUUACAAUGUGGAAAAACCUAACCUAACUUGUCUAAAUUGUGCCGAAUUCUAUUUGCAAUCACAUAUGAAUUUUACGAAUAACAUCCCUUUUUGUUGAUAAAAUCGUUCCGUCUCGCCAUAUUUGAAUUCGAUUUUAUCAUAAUGUAAUUUGAUUCAUAUUUAUUUAACGGCAAUGUGUAACUUUAUAAAUAUGUACGGUUUUUAAUGUCGCGUGGAUGUGGUUCAAUUGACGUCUCCGAAUUGUUUAAACACUUUCGCUCCGCAAAACGGUCUAUGCCGUUAUCUUUAGCAUCGUUGUCGACUCUAUAUAAAUCGGUGUUUAAAAAAAAAUCUUGAUACUUGUUAGAGUUGUGUGUAACUACCUCUUGGAGUAAACUGUUGAAAGCGAAAACGUCGCAUAUCGUUGCUAGAAUCCUUCAGAAUCCUAUCAAAAUGGAGUAUUCGUCAAUUGUGACGUCGAUUGUGCCGUAUCCUCAUACUUUUCGUUGUGUAACGAAAGUAAAUUGCUUCCGCGCUAUGCGCCAUCUUGCAUUUUCGAUACUUAUACACGUGUAUAUUUUGUUUAGAUAGCUCGCGCACAUAAUUGCCUCGAAUUCUCGACGAUAAUAUUUACAUGAUCAUACCUGUGUUAUUUGAGAAUUACCUGAGAGAGUUCACAAAUUAUCCAUACUAACAGAAUACCGGUCUGAACGCAGUAGACAUGGACAUGUUGCGUUAUAGCACAGUGUCCGUGAAAUUGUACAAAAUGUGUAUUAAUGUUGUCGCAUAAAUUUUCUAUAAAAAAAAGAAGGAAAAAACAUUGAGACGUGAAAGAAAUAUCAUGUUCCAGAGAUGCAAGUAUAUAGAACUGUCCGACCGAAAUCAGCAAUGUGUGCUUGAUCGAUUAUAUUUGCUAAUAAAAUUUCGGCAGCAGAAAUGAUUGACAAUUAUAUUCAGUAAUCAUAAAACUAUAUGCAAAUCAAAGAAAAAGUACGAGACCGCAUCUUUUUUUUUUUCAUAGUCUUCUGACAUUUGUGAUUUAAAGAGAAUGAAAAUAGGUACGAAUAUACUAUUUUUGCGUUCAUUAUUUUACGGUACCAUAGUUUUGUAUCGUAAAAUUUACAAUGUGACAUACUUGUAAAUAUUAGCGUGUAAGAUCGACAAUUAUACUCCGUUCGUAUCGAACUGUUGGAUCACCGAUAUGGCAUUGCGCUUUCUUUAUUUAACAUAGAGUACGGUAGGAGGUUUGCUACCUCAACUUGUUUCAAUCUAAAGGAAUAAGCAAAUGAAAGGAUAAAAAGGGGGAGGGAUUUUAGAUUAUCUGUAAUCGAGAAACUCUUUCGAAGGAAUAUUAAUAUUUUUUAAUCGAAAGAAUUUCAGUAAUUUGGACCGAUUAAUCGUAGAUGUUAUUAAUCACUUUAUUCCAAUUAAUAAUGAACAUUUUUAUAUUCUUAAUAAAAAAAUAUGAAAGUUUAUGAAAGAGCUCUCGUCGUAAUUAUCAUUCUUAUUCUCAAGAAGGAAGAGUGACAUUAACUUGUGAUUAUGUCAACUGCUGAUUUUUCAUAAUAUUGAAAAUGUACGUUAUUUUACUCAAUUCGAAAUUGCAUGUAAACUGCAUGUAUAAAGUAAAUCGUUUUAUAUAUAUUUUACGCCUGUCAAACCGAUUUUUGCAAUCUUCAUGUGCAUUUGUGUAAAUAGUAGCAUAUAUUGCAUGAAUAAGUGAAGCAAUGUUCGCAGAUUCAAAGAAUAAGCACUAAUUCAUAUAUUUUGCGUUUUUGAAUAAUUUCGCUCGAGAAUAGAAAGACGCUAAAAAUCGAAUCGUAAUAGAACUCUGUUAGCUUAGAGAUUUUUAUUUGCGAGAUACAUCUAUAAAAAAAAGCUGUUUUAUAAUUUAUUACUGAUGAGUAUCUAUUAUAAGAAACAGCGACUACAAUAUCAGUUAUAAAAUGAAAGAAGAGUUGAAAGGGGAAGACAUGCUGUAAAUAUUCAACCGGAGAACAAAAUAAAUAAUAUAGCGAAAUAGUUUAAUAUCGUGCAUAUAUUAGGUACACGUAAAACAACAUAUUACAUUAUGUAAAGCGAUUAUGAUAACGUAUUUUAUCUAUAUUGUAGAUUAUUUAGCGUUUCUGAAAAUAUAUCUGCAGAAAAGUUUUU